GUUCUCAUGGUGAAAGAAAGCUUCCAUAGUUUAUGAAUAUCAUGUCCACCUUGGUAUUCUUGCCUAGGAAGAAAACAUUCAUUAGUCUUUGAAUCGAACUUGCAAGUCUGUGCAUUCAGUUACAUGGAUGUCCUUUGACAGUCUUUUGGAACUAUGCACAUGCACCAGGUAUCGCGUGAUAGCUGAUUGUGUCAUUUUCUUUUUAGAUGGAUGUCGUGAUAGUUCUUAAAACUAUGCUCGUGCAUCAGGUAUAGCAUGAUAGCUGGUUGCUUCGUUAUCUUUGUUAGAUGGAUGUCAUGUGAUAGUUUCUUGAAACUAUCAUUAGUAGCUUCAAGAAACUACUAUCGCGUGAUAGAUGCACAUGCACCAGGUAUCGCGUGAUAGCUGAUUGUGUCAUUUUCUUUUUGGAUGGAUGUCGUGAUAGUUCUUAAAACUAUGCUCGUGCAUCAGGUAUAGCAUGAUAGCUGGUUGCUUUGUUAUCUUUGUUAGAUGGAUGUCAUGUGAUAGUUUCUUGAAACUAUGCACAUGCAUCAGGUAUCACAUGAUAUCUGGUAGUGUCAUUAGUAGCUUCUACAGCUCGAAGAAGCUCAAUGUCAUGUCAUUUGGGGUAUGUUUUAUUACUCUUUUUCUGGGUUAUCCUCUUCUCCAGAUUGUUUGGAUGAAGUAGGAAGAAACUUCUAUAGGUUUCAUGUGAUUCAAGCCAACUAGUUCCUGAUGCAGGAAAGUCCUACUUGUAUUUUCUGUGCCUUCAUGGAAUUAUGAAAUACAUCUUCUCAUUUUCAGCGUGAACUGCAAUUAUUUAUACCUUCCCCUUUGUUGAUCCCCCCUUUUCAGGCAGUAGUAACUUUGUAGGUGAUGAUGGCAAUCGAACUAGUUUGAUUAUCUCAUGUAGAUGAGGUAAAAGUUUCUAUACAAGCAAGGUUGUCGACUCAUGGAGCUUAAAGUUUCAUCUCCAAAGCUGGUAUUUUCAACUUCUGAUUGCAAUAGUGAUCCCGAGGAGAAAGAAAUUAGUGAAGAUGAUGAUGAUGAUCGUAAUCAUAAACAUCGUAGAAAGGAUACACGUUCACAAUCUACAGAGACAGAAGCUCUUGACCCAGCUUUAAGGAGACCAUUCAGGAAACGGAACAAGCCGUUUGAAAAUGGACAUCCUUACCAGGAAGGAGAUUCUCACUCGAGUGAUACUAGGUUUGGGAAAAGACGAGGAAUGGGUUCUUUUUCCAGGACACCUUCAGAUUCAUAUCAGAUGAUGAGGCUAAAUCAGUCCCUGUCUGGUCAUGCUGGUCCUGGUAGGGGUCGAGGAAGAGAAUCUGGUGCUUGGGGUCCGUGUGAAUCUAGGUUCAGCACUAUUGAUAUUGCGUCUCAAUUUGUUCCACAAGGCCCUAUUAAUCCUCUUCUUUAUACUGGAAGGGGGCCGCAAAAUGUUUCCAGUGGACAGGGUGCGCCUUGGAAUGCGUUUGGAAUAGUUCCAGCAAUACCUAAUGGUGGUCUUGAUACACUUCAUACCCUUGGUUUACAGGGAACGCUUAGAACGUCCUUGAAUCCUGCCAUGACUAUGGGCAUUCCAAGGCAAAGGUGUAGAGACUUUGAGGAGCGUGGUUUUUGCCUAAGAGGAGAUAUGUGCCCUCUGGAGCAUGGAGUAAAUCGCAUCGUUGUUGAAGAUGUUCAGAGCCUUUCUAAGUUUAAUCUUCCUGUUUCACUUCCCGGUGCUCAUAUGGUGGGACCAGCUACUGCACAAGGAUCUUUACCUGCAAUAGGCCCCUCAAGCUCAUUGGCUAAUAAAGCUUUACAUAACAAAAGUAUCAACCCUCCAGUGAUUGAUAAUGGAUUAGGUUUGACUGAUACUUUUGGUGGUGGUUCUGUGGCUGGGGGAGCUGAUUUCUAUGAUCCUGAUCAGCCUCUAUGGUCAAAUGAUCAUCCUGAAAAUUCAGCAGCACUUGUGGAUGUAAAUCGGUCUAAAAUUGAUGAUACAGGGCCGAUGCUGGAUGCAGACUCCUCUGAUCAGGAUCAGGUUGCGGUUUGUGAUGGCUUUAAACUUGAGCGUCUAGAUAGAGAUGCUGGAGCAGCUUCAGGAUCUCAAAGUGUGUGGGAAAGAACCAGUAGGUCUAAACAUAAGUUGCAAUCAUUCAACAGCACUCAGGGUGUAAACCGUCAUGGUAAGCAAACAAAUGUAGAUACCAUAGACCCGCAAAUGAUGGAAUCAUCUUCAGAGCCCCAAAGUAGUUCUGGACUCAAUAUGCGAAAACCAUCUCAAAAGGCACUCCGUACUCUAUUUGUAAGUGGGAUUCCGCAGAAAGACAACAAACCAGAAGCUCUUCUUUCACAUUUUCAAAAAUUCGGGGAGGUUAUCGACAUUUACAUCCCGAUGAAUGGUGAACGAGCUUUUGUUCAAUUUUCUAAGAGGGAAGAAGCUGAGGCUGCUUUAAAAGCACCAGAUGCUGUGAUGGGCAACCGCUUUAUAAAGCUUUUCUGGGCAAACAGGGAUAGCAUUAUGGAUAAUGGAGCAAGUGGUCCUAGUAAUUUUCCAUUAGCUCCCCGCGGUGGGACACCCAGUACGGUUCCACCCCAUCUAUUGGUUCCUCAUAAAAGGAAAGACAAUCUGCAGACUGUAGCCCGAAAAACUGCUGAACAUGGUAUUGUUGCUCCGUUAGCCACCUCUGAUCUGCCCAAGCCUGUGGCUCAGAAUGGUCUCAAAACUACACCACCUUUGAAGAGAAAACUGGAAACUUUAGAACUUCUGAAGGAAGAAAUGCGCAAGAAGCAGGAGAUGCUUGAGCAAAAGCGUAAUGAGUUCCGACGCAAGUUGGAUAAACUUGAGAAGCAAGCUGUGGGUGUGAAAGAUGAAGCAGCGCCAGAUCAGGCUAUGAACAAACCAAAGGGAGGAGGAACAGUUUCCAACUCUGGUAAAGUGGAAAAUUCAAGUCCCGUAGAACCUAGUAACACUGUGUCAUCACCACCAUCUGAAGCAACACCAGAUAGUAGAUCUACAGAGAAUGCCGAACGCACUUGUUCAAAAUCAUCUUCGACUGUUGCACCGCGUGAAGCUUCGAACUUGAAGCAGUCAAUUCGUCCAUUGGCACCGGUGGGCGCACCUUUUAUCUCAAAUAGAUACAAACUAGAUAACCGGCCCACCGCAUUCAAGAUCCUUCCACCUCUACCAAGUGCUCUGGCAAACGUUGACGUCCUGAAGGAGCACUUUUCUACUUUUGGUGAUCCUCCUUCUGUUGAGCUGGAGGAUUUGGAACCUCAAGAUUGUAAUAAUGGCUCAGAGGUGCAAAAUACAUCUGCUAGAAUAUCUUUCCGAUCACGUCGUUCUGCUGAAAGAGCAUUUCUGAAUGGUAAAUCCUGGCAAGGCCAAAUUCUGCAGCUUAUGUGGGUGCAAUCCAGUAAUCCUGCAAAGGAUGUUGGUGUUGGAGAAAAUGUUACUCCAGCUUCAAAGCAGCCUUCAGAUGCUAAUGGGCAAUCCAAUGCAAAAAAUGGCGUGGUUGGUGUACCGGAAGGAAGUGUGGCAGGGAACCAUGAACCUGACAAUCAAGGAAGAAGAGAAGAUGAAUGAGAUUCAAAUCAAGCUCAGCUUCUGCGUCUGGUUAACAGUUAGCUCAAUGUGAUUGAUCAUGAUGAUGGCCUGAUUUUAGGAGUUGUACAGCGAGAUAAAUUUUUAAACCAUUUAUAUGUAAUUUUAGGAGUUAUUAGUAAUCAACAAAUUUCAGUUUCAAUUUUGCUUUCACAUUAUCUGCAAAAGUAAAGAAGAAUUUUUUGAUUCUAAACCAGCUGUCCUGUUUGUAAGCUGUACUGAAUUCUCUUUAGUAACUGGAUGCUCAGACAGAGUCUAGGAUUUACUGCAGUUCUUAAAAGAAAAGAAAAACAGAAUUAUGAAGA